GGCCCCGGGGGCGGGGCGGGCGCUUGGGCCCACUCGGCGGUUUGGCCGGGGGGAGGGGUUUUCGGAGGCCCCGCCCCGGCCCCGCCCCCGCCGCCAUGCGGCCCGCCUGGACUGCGCUCUGGCUGCGCCUUGCCUUGGCUCUGGGCCUGGCCCUCGUUGGCCCCCUGCCUGUGGGGUGGUCCUCGGCCCGGGUCCCCAUCUAUGUCAGCAGCUGGGCCGUGCGGGUGUCCCAGGGUUACCGGGAGGCCGAGCGCCUGGCGCGCAAAUUCGGCUUCGUCUACCUGGGGCAGAUCUUUCCUGACGGGCAGUACUUCCACCUGCGGCACCGGGGCGUGGUCCAGCAGUCCCUGAGCCCACACUGGGGCCAUCGCCUGCGCCUGAAAAAAGACCCCAAGGUGCAGUGGUUCGAGCAGCAGACGCUGCGGCGGCGUGUGAAGCGCUCGGUGGUGGUGCCCACGGACCCCUGGUUCUCCAAGCAGUGGUACAUGAACAACAAGGUGCGGCCGGACCUGAACAUCCUGCAGGUCUGGAGCCAGGGGCUGUCGGGCCGGGGCAUUGUGAUCUCUGUCCUGGACGAUGGCAUCGAGAAGGACCACCCGGACCUCUGGGCCAACUACGACCCCCUGGCCAGCUACGACUUCAACGACUACGACCCGGACCCCCAGCCGCGAUACACGCCCGGCGACGAGAACCGGCACGGGACCCGCUGUGCCGGGGAAGUGGCCGCAAUCGCCAACAACGGGUUCUGUGGAGCGGGCGUCGCCUACAAUGCCCGGAUCGGAGGCGUGCGCAUGCUGGACGGCACCAUCACGGACGUCAUCGAGGCCCAGUCGCUGAGCCUGCAGCCACAGCACAUCCACAUCUACAGUGCCAGCUGGGGCCCCGAGGACGACGGCCGCACGGUGGACGGCCCGGGCGUCCUCACCCGCGAGGCCUUCAGGCGCGGCGUGACCAAGGGCCGCGGUGGGCUGGGCACCCUCUUCAUCUGGGCGUCGGGCAACGGCGGCCUGCACUACGACAACUGCAACUGCGACGGGUACACCAACAGCGUGUACACGCUCUCCGUGGGCAGCACCACCCGCGAGGGCCGCGUGCCCUGGUACAGCGAGGCCUGUGCCUCCACGCUCACCACCACCUACAGCAGCGGCGUGGCCACCGACCCGCAGAUCGUCACCACGGAUCUGCACCACCGGUGCACGGACAAACACACGGGCACCUCGGCGUCGGCCCCGCUGGCCGCGGGCAUGAUCGCCCUGGCUCUGGAGGCCAACCCGUUCUUGACAUGGAGGGAUAUGCAGCACCUGGUGGUCCGUGCGUCCAGACCCGCGCAGCUCCAGGCUGAGGACUGGAGGACCAACGGCGUGGGGCGCCAAGUGAGCCACCACUAUGGCUAUGGGCUGCUGGAUGCCAGGCUGCUGGUGGACAUGGCUCGAACGUGGCUGCCCACACAGCGCCAGCAGAAGUGCGUCAUUCAGAUCGUACACACCCCCACCCCCAUCCUGCCGCUGACGCAAGUGAGGAGGAACGUGUCGGCCUGCGCCGGCCGAGCCAACCACAUCCGCUCGCUGGAGCACGUGCAGGUGCAGCUCUCGCUGUCCUACAGUCGCCGCGGGGACCUGGAGAUCUCGCUCACGAGCCCCAUGGGCACCCGCUCCACGCUCGUGGCCAUCAGACCCUUGGACGUCAGCGGCCAAGGCUACAACAACUGGAUCUUUAUGUCCACCCACUUCUGGGACGAGGACCCGCGGGGCCCGUGGACGCUGGGCCUGGAAAACAAGGGCUACUACUUCAACACGGGGACGCUGUACCGCUACGCGCUGCUGCUGUACGGGACGGCCGAGGACAUGACGGCGCGGCCCCCGGGCCCCCAGGUGACCAGCAGCGCGUGUGUGCGGCGGGACACAGAGGGGCCGUGCCGGGAACGCCACGGCCCCGCCCACGUCCUGGGCCACCUCCGCCUCUCCUACUGCCCGCCCAGGUACUUCGGCCACACCCGGCAGGCAGUGACCGCUGGGCCCGGCGCUCCCGCCCUGUGCGUCUGCUCGAGCUGCCGCGCCUCCUGCUACACCUGCCUCGGCCGCUCCCCGCUCAACUGCACUGCCUGCCCCCCCCCGGCCUCCACGCUGGACGAGCGUCGUGGCUCCUGCUCAGGACCCGUCCCUCCCAGCGGCCUCCCCCAGCCCGCCGCAGUCGCCCACCCCGGCUGCCACCGCGGCCGAGCUCAGGCCGUGGUACUGGCCCCACUGGCCGUGGCCUUCGGGAGCCCCUCACUCCGCAGCGUCCUCGCUGUAGGCUGCCCACCGCUGUGUGCAGGGCCCCCCCCGCCACCACCCCAGGUCCAGCUGCUGGCCGGGACCUAGAGACACCUGAGUAGGGGGCAGACGUGUGUCUGUGCAGGCACUGCCAUCCUGCUCCUUUGCUCCAGACUGGAACCUGGGCGGGGGGGUGCAGGGACCCGCCCCCGGAGGCUCUGGCUAAUCACUGAGGCCCUCAGGCCAGGGGCGGCCUGCUGGAAUCCCAAACCCGAAAUUGGCAAGUCCGGGUGAAAGAGAGAGAGAGAGAGAGAAGGCUAGCUACACGGUUUGGGGUGGGGGCAGGGUGGGAUGGGGCAGAGGCUGGGCUGUGACAGCCGUCCCUUCCCAGCCCCAGAAGUGGGGGGGGAGGGGC